GGAGUGGAAAAAAGAAAAAGGAGGAAGGAAGGAGAAAUGAUGCGCGCCGUCGAGCUCGUGCAGAUCAUGUAUCUCUAUGUAGCCUGCCUGUGAUUUACACCUGCGAUGAUCUAACGCAAAGCAAUACUAGUACAUCUCUAAAAGCCAUAAACUCAGGAUAUGUGAUGCACAACCAAACCGCGAGCGAGCUUAUAUUUGCGGAUAUUGCACUUAAACAGUCAUUGAUCGGAUCUCGUGUUUGUUUUCUUCGGCUCGGUACUGCUGGAGGUCGCACCGGGCCUUUCAGGGUUAUGCAGUAAUGGAACAGCUAUUAUUUCUUGUAAUUUUGUACUUGCUUCCUACUCUCAUCUCUUCCAUACAUAAUUCAACGACCGGAGGAUGUGCAAUAAUUCGUCCCCCCAGAGAUGGAGGGAUUCGCUACCGAGGACUGACUCAGGAACAGAUCCGCAAUGUGCAGAUUUUGCCUGUAGACUAUGAAAUCGAAUACAUCUGUCGAGGAAGCAGAAUCAUUGUAGGGCCCAAGGUUCGAAAAUGCCUUCCCAAUGGUGCUUGGACUGACAUGAACCAGCUCAGCAGAUGCUUGUUGGUUUGCCCUCGUUCGUGGAUGUCUCUGGAGAAUGGAAGGGUGACACUGCAGCCCCCUGGACCGCCAGUAGAGGGCACAGUUCUGCAUUACACCUGCCAUGCUGGCUUCUUUAUGGAGGGUUUUAACAUUUCUCACUGUACCAAACUGGGCAAAUGGGACUCACCCAAACCAAUGUGUGUGUAUGACAGGAACUAUACAGGCAAGAAGAAGCUGUACAUCGGAGCUCUCUUUCCCAUGAGUGGAGGAUGGCCGGGUGGGCAAGCGUGUCUCCCCUCAGCCCAGAUGGCGUUGGAACACGUGAACAACCGGAGCGACAUUCUGCCGGACUACGAGCUGGAGCUCAUAUAUUACGACAGUAUGUGUGACCCAGGGGAAGCCACAAAAUUUCUGUAUGACCUGCUGUACACCGAGCCGAUAAAGAUCGUUCUGAUGCCGGGCUGCAGCUCCGUCUCCACGCUGGUGGCCGAGGCAGCACGCAUGUGGAACCUCAUCGUGCUCUCGUACGGCUCAAGUUCUCCGGCUUUAUCUAACCGUCAGCGCUUCCCCACUUUCUUCCGUACCCACCCGUCAGCAACUUUGCACAAUCCCACGCGUGUUCAGCUCUUCCAGAAGUGGAAAUGGACUAAGAUCGCCACCAUCCAGCAAACCACUGAAGUUUUUACCUCGACGUUGGACGAUUUGGAAGAGCGAGUAAAGGAGGCCGGCAUUGAGAUAAGCGUCAGGCAGAGCUUCCUCACUGAUCCCGCAGUGGCUGUCAAAAACUUAAAGCGUCAAGAUGCAAGAAUCAUAGUCGGCCUCUUUUACGAGACUGAAGCCAGAAAAGUUUUUUGCGAGGUCUUCAAAGAGAAACUCUACGGCAAGAAGUAUGUGUGGUUCCUCAUCGGCUGGUACGCAGACAACUGGUUUAAGAUCAAAGAUCCGGCCAUCAACUGCACUGUGGAGAACAUGACAGAAGCAGUGGAAGGACACGUCACCACUGAAAUCGUGAUGCUGAACCCAGAGACCGUCCGUGGUGCUUCCAACCUGACCUCGCAGGAGUUCCUGGCACAGCUGAUGUCACGUCUGGGUGGGAAAAACCCAGAAGAAACGGGCGGUUUUCAGGAAGCUCCUCUGGCUUAUGAUGCUGUUUGGGCCCUCGCACUGGCCCUCAAUAAAACUGUGGCCCCCUUGAGGGCCAAAGGCUGGGGACUGGAAGACUUCAACUACAACAACAAAGAAAUCACCGCCGAGAUUUACCGAGCACUUAACACCAGCUCCUUUGAAGGAGUGUCUGGUCAUGUUGUGUUUGAUGCUCAGGGAUCUCGUAUGGCCUGGACUCUAAUAGAGCAACUGCAAGGUGGGAGCUACAAGAAGAUUGGAUACUACGACAGCACAAAAGGCAACCUGUCCUGGUACUCGAACGACAAAUGGAUCGGUGACAGGCCUCCAGCAGACCAGACCAAGGUGAAAGAGGAGUUUCGUUACCUUUCCCAGAAGCUCUUUGUCUCUGUAUCUGUGUUUGCCGGGCUGGGAAUCCUUUUCGGGAUAGUUUGCCUCUCUUUUAACAUAUACAACAGUAGUGUAAGAUACAUCCAGAACUCCCAACCCUAUCUAAACAACAUGACUGCAGUGGGCUGCGUUCUAGCGUUAGCUGCCGUUUUUCCCCUGGGCAUCGAUGGCUUGCACAUUAAUAGAUCACAAUUCCCUGUUGUGUGCCAGUUUCGCCUGUGGCUACUAGGGCUCGGCUUCAGUUUAGCCUAUGGCAGCAUGUUCACUAAGAUCUGGUGGGUCCACACUGUCUUCACCAAGAAAGAGGAGAAAAAAGAGAAAAGGAAGCACUUGGAACCUUGGAAGCUGUAUGCAACCGUUGCAGUUCUGCUCGCUAUUGACGUCCUCUCUCUGCUUAUCUGGCAGAUCGUGGACCCGUUACACAUCACUGUGGAGAAGUUCACUAAAGAAAUUCCUAAAGAAGAUCGAGAUGUUUUGAUUCAGCCUCUUCUAGAGCAUUGCAGUUCAGAAAAGAUGAACACAUGGCUUGGUGUGGUGUAUGGAUACAAGGGUCUACUAUUGCUGCUGGGAAUCUUUCUGGCCUAUGAGACCAAGUCCAUCUCAACGGAGAAGAUAAAUGACCACAGAGCAGUUGGCAUGGCCAUCUACAAUGUAGCUGUGUUGUGUAUGAUUACAGCCCCAGUGACCAUGAUCCUCUCCUCCCAGCAAGAUGCUUCCUUUGCAUUUGCGUCACUGGCCAUCAUUUUCUCUGUUUACAUCACUCUCGUAGUUCUCUUCGUGCCUAAGAUACGUCGUUUGAUAACCCGUGGCGAGUGGCAGUCAGAACAGCAGGACACACUUAAAACUGGCUCAUCCACCAACAACAACGAAGAUGAGAAAUCACGGCAACUGGAACGCGAGAACAGGGAACUCCAGAAGAUCAUACAAGAGAAGGAAGAAAGAGUGACAGAACUUCGGCAUCAACUUGCGGAACGUCAAGCGUUGCGUUCCCGUAGACGGCCGUCAGUCCAGAAUCAAAACCAAAAUCACAGCGUUCCGCUUGCUCAGACGAAUCUACCCAGCUACUCCCCUGCUAUAGACAAACAGUCUCUUCCUCCAUCCUUUUCCAAUUCCUCAAACCUCUACCAGGGCGAAGGCAAACUGAGCCGAAACAACUGCCACAACAGUAGGUUGCCCCUGCUAUACAAAUGAUUCAUGCCUCCAGACUGGAUGAAUCAAAAUGAAAGAAAAUGGCAUCUGUUAACCUUUAGACAAAGAACUCUUUAUUGGUUCACCUUUUGGCUUCCUGACAUUCCUGAUGUUGAUUUUUUUGUUAAUUUUUGAUUAACCUUCCUACAUAAAUUCUGUUACACAGUCAAUAAGUUACCAAGUGUGGUGCUUAUACGUGAAUUAAAUAUAGACAUUAACUUAUAGGUAUUUAAUUAAAGUGAUAGAAUUUUCAUUUUUGGGUGAACUGUCAUCAUUUACUCAUCCUCAUGUUAUUCUAAACCUAUAUGAAUUUCUUUUUUCUGAUGAACA